GCUGUGGUGGUAAUUACACAACACCUAGUGGCACCAUUGUGUCAAAGAACUUUCCAAACAACUACCCACACAAUACAGACUGUGAGUGGCUUAUCACUGUAGAUGAGAGACACACGGUUGAACUGACUUUCACAGAUUUUGAUGUGGAAUCAGCAUCUGACUGUAGAUAUGAUUAUGUGGCACUUUAUGAUGGACCAACUGUCAAUUCCACAGAACUCCUUAAAUUCUGCGGAUCAACACUUCCAUCGCCUGUAAAAUAUAGGUCAAACGGAAACCAAAUGUAUGUUCGUAUGCGGACAGACAGUUCAGUAAGUGCUAGAGGAUUUAAAGCUGAUUUUGUGACAGGUUGUGGUGGAAUAAUCAAUGCUGAGGAUGGGGAUGGAGAGAUCGUAUCACCAAAUUACCCUGGCGCGUACCCCCGCGGGAGCAAUUGCUCAUGGGUUAUCAUGGCAGAACAUGGCACUGAUAGAAUAACCUUGACAUUUACGCACAUGGAUCUGGAGGAGUCAGAUGAUUGCAGCAAGGACUAUGUUUUAGUAUUGGAUGGUGACAAUGACCAAGCUCCUUUAAUAAACAAAUUAUGUGGACGUGUCUCGCCCUCGGCGAUCACGUCACAGGGCUCGGCACUGUUUGUGCAGUUUGUGUCUGACAAUUCUCUAGUGGCAUCAGGAUUUAGAGCAACUUAUUCAAAAUCAUCAUCAGCAUGUGGUGGAGAUUACACUUCCAUGCUAGGGUCAUUUACUAGUCCAGCCUACCCAAACAACUACCCUAUAAAUACAGAGUGUGUGUGGACAGUCAGUGUAUCCCCUGGUAACAGAGUUCAACUUUCAUUCAGUCAAUUCAACCUUUAACAACAUGAAAACUGUAACUAUGAUUAUGUUGAACUUCAUGAGGGAGAACUUGGUGGACCGUUGUUGGGCCGAUUUUGUGGAACAGAUAUCCCAGCAAAUCUUACAGCAUACAAUGGCCUUUGGAUAAAGUUCAGGUCUGAUGAAUCUGCAACAGGACAGGGAUUUAUAGCAUCUUAUUCAGCGGCCUUUGGUGGUGAUUUGACAGGAAAUUCAGGACAGAUUGCCUCUGCUCUCUACCCGUUGAUGUAUCCACACAAUGUUGAUCACAUGUGGACUGUCACCGUAGCAACCAAUAUGAGAGUAAGAGUUUCGUUUACAACGUUAGAUAUGGAAAGCUCAUGGCGUGGAUGUUCCUUUGACUUCUUAAAAAUAAGAGAUGGUGGAACUAUGGAUAGCCCGGUUGUUGGUACAUACUGUGGCACCGAUUUACCGGAUGUGUUCAUCUCUACCACAAAUCAGAUUCAUGUGGAGUUUCAUACUGAUUGGUCAAGUACGGGACAAGGCUUCCUGUUGAACUGGGAGGCGACAUCAGAUGGGCCAAUCACAACACCAGCCCCAACAGCUGCAACAACUCCAGUGCCAGGAUGUGGUGGAAUUCUCAAUGUGACCGAUUCUUUACAAACAGUUAUCUCCCCUGGUUACCCAGAUGGGUACCGGGACAAUCUAGACUGUACCUGGGUGUUAAAUUCACAGGUUGGUUCCCGGAUCUGGUUGAACAUCUCAGAUAUUGAUAUAGAGUCACAUUCUUCAUGCAACUAUGAUGUUCUUAGAAUUUACAAUUCUGGAUAUACAAGUGGGCCAAUGCUGGGAACCUUCUGUGGUCGCACAGGGAACCAAGUGCCUUUAAUAUCAAAUCAAAACAGUGUUGCAAUGAGAUUUACAACAGACUCAUCUGUUAACAGGACAGGAUUUAGUCUGCAGUAUAAGAGAGUUUGUGGAGGAAGACUACAGACAAACAGCGGAGUUAUACAGUCAGAUAGAUAUCCCAACAGUUACCCGACAAAUUCCAACUGUACGUGGACAGUGCGAGUGACCCCUGGCCGCACAAUACGUGUACAGUUCAAUAGUAACUUCAAUACACAGGGCACACAGGGCUCUUGUUCUGGAGACUAUGUCCAGUUGUUAAAUGGUAUAUAUUCAACAUCACCACCUCUUGGUAAUGCGAAUGGUCGUUACUGUGGCAACACAGCACCUGCCACCAUGGAAACUGGAAGCAACCUGUUAAAUGUCCAGUUUGUGUCAGAUGGCUCGGGAAGUGGACCUGGCUUUUCAUUGACCUUUAAUGAAGUUCAUGUUACAUGCGGAGGUCAGCUGAGCCUGGACGCAGCAACAACAAGUGGAUUCUUUACGUCACCAAACUACCCGGGAAAUUACCCGCAUAAUGUAGAUUGUGUUUGGGUGAUAACUGCUCCGGCACAUGAAAGAAUACAGAUAGACUUUGUUGAAGACUUUGGAAUAGAACGACAUACACAAUGUAACUAUGAUUUUAUCGAAAUCUGUGAUGGUGGCACUGUCAACUCUGCAUCUCUCGGCAAAUUUUGUGGUUAUGCGAAACCAAACACAGUAGUUUCUACAGGGAAUGUGAUGUAUGCAAGGUUUCGUACAGAUAACAGUGUCCCAAGGAUUGGCUUCAAAGCUCAAUACAAGAUUGCAACAUGCGGAGGUACUUACUUCGGGAAUAGGGGUUCAAUUACAAGUCCCAACUACCCAAGUAACUAUGACAACAACGCUGAAUGUAUCUGGGUCAUUCGAGGGCCAGUAGGCCACUAUCUGACCUUCACCUUCACAGCACAUGACCUUCAAUCCAGUUCAAACUGUUCUUUGGCAGAUUUUGUUGAAAUUCGAGAAAUAAAUUCUACAGGACCUGUGCUGCUUCAGUCAUGCGGUUCAAGUUUGCCUAGCCCAGUUAUGACGUCAGAUAGGUAUGGCUAUGUCCGGUUUGUUUCUAAUGAGGCUUAUCAACGACCAGGAUUUCGUCUGAAUUUUGAGGCCAGUGUUGAAGAAUGUGGUGGAGACCUGACAACGCCAACAGGGACAUUUCAGUCACCAAACUUCCCCGGGAAUUACCCACACUCUCGUUAUUGUCAGUGGAGAAUUACAGUACCACAGGGAAGAAGGAUCACGUUGACGUUCGACCCGUUCAGUAUAGAAGAUCACUCGUACUGUCGAUACGAUUUUGUCACGGUUUAUAAUGGAGGCGAGGUCAAAGCUCCGUUUAUUGGUAGAUAUUGUGGAGACAAUCCACCGGGUGUUGUGGAGACAUCAGGAAACACAGCACGAGUCGUUUUCCGCACAGAUGGAUCUGUCACAAAUGGUGGCUUUAGAGCAUCCUACACAUCACAAAAUGAAGCUGUCUGUGGCGGCCUUAUAACAUCAAGUCCAGGUAAUAUUACCUCCCCUGGCUUUGCAACCGGGAAUUACACAAACAACAUCCAGUGCAUAUGGACCAUACGUAAUCAGGCGUAUGUGAACACAUCUAUCGUUAUACGAUUUAAUACUCUGAAACUGGAACCAGCCCACAGCUGCAGAUAUGAUUGGCUUGAAGCUAGAGAAGGAGAUUCAGUGGAUGGUGUGUUAUUGGACCAAUACCGCGGAAACAACACUCUACCUCAGCCUAUAAUAUCACCAACUCCUAGUAUAUGGUUAAGAUUCUGAACCGAUGCAUCCAUCGUCGAUCAGGGCUUUCAUCUCUCGUAUAAUUUCACACAAUGUGGAGGAAUGUUGACGGACCCCACUGGUGUUAUAUCAAGUCCAAACUAUCCCAGUGAUUAUGAUCAUAAUGAUGCCUGUGCCUGGAUUAUCACCGCUCCUGAAGGAACUCAGAUUGUGAUUGAAUUCACAGACUUUGACAUUGAGACACAUCCAGAUUGUAGAUACGAUUAUUUACAAAUUUUCAACGGUCCUUACGCAUCAUCCCCUUCCAUUGGUUCAUUCUGCGGAUCAACGGCACCCACAACAAUACGCUCACAGAGUAAUUCACUAAGACUGGUCCACUUCACCGAUAUGAGCAUGGCCGCCAGAGGUUUCAGGCUAACAUACACAUUUACUACCCAGGGCUGUGGCGGAAUAUUCCAUAGUGAUGUAGGUAGUUUGUCAACUCCAAAUCAUCCGAGUAGUUAUCCACACAAUACUGAAUGUGUUUGGGACCUCAAUGUUGACUCUGGCUAUACAAUAACCUUGACCUUUAACCCACCAUUUGAUAUGGAGCACCAUGGAGCAUGUGAUUAUGAUUAUGUGGAGGUUAGUGACGUUCUUAGCAAUGGUACUCAGGUGUCCUUGGGCAGAUGGUGUGAGAAUGUACUGCCACCAGUCACAAGGUCAACUGGUAACAGACUGAUUGUUAAGUUCAGAUCUGAUGCUUCUACAAAUGGAAAUGGAUUUUCAGCUGGGUGGAGUGCAGGUUGUGGUGGUGUGCUAACAAAUCGUCAAGGGAUCCUGCUCUCGCCAAGAUUUCCCAACAACUAUGAAAACAAUCUACGCUGUAACUAUACAAUAAACAUGGACCCGCAGCAUUUCAUCAUUCUUCGAUUCGAUCCUGACAACUUUGAACUUGAGGGGGGAAGAAAUUGCAGAUAUGACUGGGUUGCAGUUUUUGCCGGUAACAAUUCAAAUUCGAGACAGCUCGGUAAAUUUUGUGGCAACACUGUUCCACAGCCUCUCAGCUCUCUUGGACAGAUGUAUAUACAGUUCUGGACAGAUGGCUCUGUAGUAAGAAAAGGGUUUAGGGCAUAUUACAUGGUCAGCGAGUGUGGCGGGGUUUUCACAGAUCCAUAUGGUGUCAUAGAGACUCCAAACGGACCUACAGACUACCAUAACAACCAUAAUUGUACAUGGAGCAUCACCGUUCAACCUGAUCGGGUCGUAGAAAUCAAAUUCCAGAUGUUUGAUCUAGAAGCUCACUCUACUUGUGCAUACGACUAUCUUGAUGUAUACGACGGUCCAUCUCUAACAUCCCCUCUGAUUGGACGAUAUUGUGGUGAUGUUGUACCAACGGACCAGAUCAGAUCAACUUCAAAUACCAUGACAAUUAACUUUAUUACUGACUUCUCAGUUACUAGUGCAGGAUUUAGAGCUGUUUAUAGGACAACGUUUGGUCAGAGUCAUGGAUGUGGCGGCAUACUUAACUCAACGAGUGGUUCGCUACGAUCUAUAGAUAGUAACGGAGACGGUCAGUAUGAGAAUAACCUGGACUGUCGAUGGACCAUUGUUGCUAAUAACAAUAAUGUUAUACGGCUAACAUUUACUGGAUUAGAAUUGGAAGACAACCCAUCAUGUAUAUAUGAUUAUAUCAAGAUUUACGAUGGAAUGACUGAUGAAGAUCCAUUAAUCGGAACCUACUGUGGAUCUAAUAUACCACCUGUGUUUACGUCAACAUCAAACAUUCUUUACGUUCAAUUCUACACUGAUGUGUCAAUAGGUGCCGCAGGAUUUAACGCUACAUACACUCAGCUUCCUGGUGCAUGUGGGGGCACUUAUACAUCAUCGUCUGCCCAACAAGUGAUAACAUCCCCAAGUUAUCCGAAUGCUUACCGCCAGAAUGUUAGAUGUCGCUGGACCAUAGAUGCACCAACAAACACUGAUCAGGUGGAAUUGACUGUGGCCGCGCUUAAUCUGCAGACGACAUCUGGUUGCUCACCAGAAUAUUUGGAGUUUAGAGAUUAUCCUCUUGGUUCCCAAGGGCGUAUAGUUCAUGCCUGUGGAGUUACCCCACCUGGUGUAUUUAUUUCAAUUGGAAACACUGUGCAGAUAAAUUAUGCUGCAACAAAUGGUGGCAGCACUGGAUUCUCUCUCAAUUAUCGUACUGCAACUUGUAACAGAACAUAUACGGGUUUAAGUGGGCAGAUUUACAGUCCCGGAUGGCCAGGUCGGUACCCGCAGAAUGCUAAUUGCCAGUUUAGAAUACAGGCACCAGUUGGUACUACAGUUUCACUCUACUUCAACACAUUCCAUAUUGAGCCUCAUACAAACUGCAACUUUGACUAUCUUCAGGUAAGGAAUGGAUCUGAGCAUGAUUCCCCGGUUAUCAGGAAACUGUGUGGCUGGGUUCUACCUGACCCAAUAUUUGCAACUACCAAUACAGUGGGCUUUAGCUUUGUUACAGAUGUGUCAGUGACAUAUCCAGGCUAUGAUAUAACUUACACUGCAACUUCACAAGGUGUUGGCUGUGGCGGGAACAUAACUGGAAUCAACGGCAGUUUUACAAGUCCUGGUUACCCAGGUAACUUUACUUCAGCAAUCACAUGCUCAUGGAUGAUACAGGUACCAGCUAGGAGGGUGAUUACAUUACUUUUUACUGAUAUGAGAAAUGGCGAGAACUGUGGGACAGAUUAUAUCAUUGUCUUUGACGGAAAUAACGACUUGACAGAUCAAUUUGGCAGAUACUGUGGUGGGGAGGUACCUGCUCCCAUGUCUACAAGUAGUAACGUGGCUUUCAUCAAGUACGUGUCUGAUGGUAGCGGAUCAUCGAUAGCCUUCAGACUCACAUUCACGAGCUAAUAGACUAAUAUACAAUGUGAAAUUUUAAAUUAAACCUUCAGUACAGAUAAACAGAAAAACCUAACAUGAUACAUACAUGCACAGGCUAGAAUCUGUGUCACAAAAGCCUAGCUGUAUCAUUAAGUCAUAACAUAUGAAAACAUUGCAGUACUCUUAAAUUCCAAACAAUUAAAGGUCCAUUAAGCCUGAAAAAUGUUAUCAUUUCUACAUUGUAUUUUUAAAAGCUUCCUAUUCUGUUGCCCCCUAAAAAUUUCGAAAAACAGAGGAAAAUUAGUUGGCGAAAUACAUGUACCUGAGUCUUCUUUUGCUUCUUUUUGCAAUUUGACCAAUAGUACACUUAUAGAAGUCUAAAGAAGUCUUAAGCUCUAUUUUGUAUGGCAGUCAAAAUGCCACUUUAUUUACACUUUCCGACAUUUAUCAUAAAACAUUACAAUUUUUACAUUUAUUCAGUGCUAUUUCCUUUAGGUUACCUUGAGUAUAAGCAACACACAAGUUCCAGACCCAUCAUCUUACAACAUGAUAAACGCAUGUUUACCUUUUCAACAGAAGGUUAAAAAUAUAUAUGUCUGCGGUAUAACGUGCCUUUAAGUCACCAAUAGUGUAUAUAAUAUAUAUAUUGUGUAAAUAUCUUUCAAUUGCUCCUGUUUUUAUAGGCAUAUUUUUAGUCUUCAUUGAUACAGAUGGAUUAUUUAUGGAAGAUAUUUGAGCUAUGAAUGCUCAAUAUUGAACUGAUUAAAUGUUUUCUAACCAAUCACAGUUGAAACCGCAUUUAGUUUAAGUCAAAUUAAAUUUAAGGAAAGAAGACCAGUAAUUUGUGACUGUAAUUCAAUGCAUUGUUGAUUGAAAAAUCAUUAUUGUGCAUUGUGUAAUAUAUUUGAGGGGAUUAAAGUACAUGUACAUGUGAUAUACAUGUUUUUAAGGGGUUAAAAGUACAUGUACAUGUGAUGCAUUUGAUUUGUUACAAAGUGCAAUAGUUAAUAAAAUGUGCAAUAAAUGUUGAUAAGAAUGUUAUUAUACUGUAUCAUUAUAUGAAUUAUUUCUAAUAUUUUGUAAUAGUCACAUUCCUUGGGCUUUUUUGUUAUAUAAUUUUAGCAACUUUUGUUAUUGUAAAUUCCGAGGACUGGCCUGAUAAUUUGCAAUAUUAUCACAGUUUUGUUCAUGAUUAUUAGCAUUUGUACUAUAAACUCACAUGUAUAUUUGACAUUUGUUGUAACAAAGGUAUAUGUACACUACUAUCUUAUGAAAUAAAAUAUUUUAUUGACUUCA